AUGCAGCCUGAACCGGCUUUCCACAUCGAGCUAUUUACCUCGACAGAGCUCCUCGCACAGCCAUGGCUACGGGAUCUAACCCGCAUGAUUAACGACAGCUAUCUCGUCAGCCAUACCGAUAUUGUACAAUUUGACGCUGGGAAAAUUCGACUAAAAACCGAUACAAGACUCUCUGAAGAGUUAGGGAGUGAUGGGUUCACAGCCGUUGCAUUUGAAAACUCGGAAGUGAUUGGGACAGCGAGUAUGAAACCGUGGAAAGAUGACGGGCUUUGGAAGCCCUUUGAUCACUUCGCUACGGAUGACGUGGAAGAGCAAAUCAACGACAAAAUAGACCAAACGCUCAAUGAAAACGCACUUCCCGGAGACUACGAGCUUGCACUAGUGGCUCUUCCGCCUGGGCCCCGAUUCCGAGGGCGAGGAAUAGCAGGAAGGCUAGUGAAAGCGUGUGAAGAGGAAGUCUUGCGGCGGCGAAAAGCCACAGAAGAUAGCGGAUCGGUGGGAAUCAUGAUCCGUGUGGUCAAGGAAAAUGUUGGGAAUUAUUGGCUGAAGCAAGGGUUUACCCCCAUUGGAAAACAGCCCGGGCCCGAGGCUUGGGAGGCAUCCAUGCCUUUUACCAUGUGGGCAAUGGUAAAAUAUCUCCAGAGUGAAACUGUGGCUGUUUAA